CCCCCCCACCUUUUUCCCUUCUCCUCACCAAAUCUCCCGCCCCCCACUUUUUCCCUUCCCCAGACAGUUUCGAAAAACUCCCCUCCCCACCAUCACCGACCUCCAGCCUCCCUACCGUCACCGACCUCAAACCUCCCCACCGUCACCGACCUCAAGCCUCCCCACCGUCAACUCCAGAGUCGUCUGCCACAAACGCCGUCCUCUGCCCCACAAAUCGUCCGCCACAACAGCUGUCAAGCGCGAGGAGCCGCCGUCAACCGCCGUCAACCGGAAACCUCAUCGCCGUCAACUGGAAACCUCCUGAACUGUUCACCGUUGAACGAACUGCCCUCCUGAAGGUUCUAAGGUCCAACUUCAUCCAAGCUUAACACAUAUGGCUGAAAGGUCAUUUGAAGUACAAAUUCCAGUUCGCAAGCACUUUCCAGCACAGUUAUCUGUGUGCUCAUAUUUCAGAGAGGCUGUAAGCUUGGUAAAAGGUGCGCUGACAAAGGAUCAAUUGCAAGAAUUUAGGAAUUUGCCAUGGGGCCACCUACUGUCCGUGCCAGACAUACAAUUUUCAGGCCAAAUUAUCCAUGCUCUACUGCUGAGGCUAGUGAAGGACCAACCUGCAGACGAGCUGUGGUUCUUGAUUCAAGGGAGGCUAUUGAAGUUUACGUAUGCUGAUUUCUGUCGCAUAUCCGGUCUGAAAUCAUCAGCCGAAAAUCCUGUCUUCAAUGAUGAUGAUGAAGUGCAUGGGACGCUAAUUGACAAGUACUUUCGUGGAUCCACGAACAUUACGUACAAAAUGUUGAAGGACAAGUUGAAGUCAUUUAGGCGUACAAAGAGUGGAGAUUCUGUGAAGCUACUGUCCAUGUGUUACAUUUUGACGGUUUUACUUGCUCGGGAUAAUAAAACCAAGAUAAAUUUGGUGUAUUUGAAGUGGGCAGACGAGUUCGAGAAGUUUAAGAUGUAUCCAUGGGGUAGGGAGUCCUAUAACACCAUGAUUGACAACUUCAAAAGUAUCAUGAAAGAGCAGCCCACCAGGUUCAGGCAAAGCAAGGCCACAACUGCUAAGUUUACUCUAUAUGGAUGUCCUUUUAUACUACAGGUUUGGGCGUAUGAAAACGUGCCUAACCUAGGAGAACACUGUGCUGAACGUAUUGGUAAUGAAGAAAUUCCUAUGCUAAACUGGAAGGCCGAUGGAUUCUUUCACGCACGCAAGUUGAAUGAAUUGGUGUUCAAGGACAAUGAUGAUAUUCCUGUAUAGGAGGAACAUGAUUCUGAGAAUGAUAACGAGGAUGAAGAAGUUCGGGACAAGGGUUUCAAAGACAAAGUCAUGGAUGAGAUGCAAGCACUCCGGGAGCAUGUGGCUGCUUUGGAAAGCAGGUUGAAGUUGAUGGAAGAGAGAUUCAGUGCACAGGGUAGCGUGACAGAGAAGGCGACUGAGAUUGGUUCUAAGAAUAAGGUCAUGGAAAUGGAGGGUAUUCCCCAACAGGGUUGCUGAGUUAGUUGAGGGUGUUCCCCAACAGGGUGGAGGGUAUUAUAUUAAACUUUAUUUACAUUACAUAUAUUGUCUAUCACCUUAUGGUAAAUGUCUGUCUUAUUUUUAAUUGUCUGUGUACAGGUCAGGAGAGUGCGGAGUGAUGAUUGCAGCGUUUGCAGAGCAUCUUUUAAUGGGAAAGGACUUGCUUCCAGGUUGUGAGUAUGCCAACAUGUGGAACAAGAGAUGUCAAUAUGCUGUUCGAUUGUGGGGAUUGAAGAAGGUUGAGGAAUCAUAGGAAUUCUUCAUUAGCUUGGGAAGCCUAUUUUUGCCGGUUAAUAGUCCAGCUUUGCAAACACUAUGAAUUUCCCUGUACGAUGUGUGUGGAACUUUAUGUUUUUAUUUUUGUAUAAGUUGCAAACUAUACAAAGGUGGCAUUUGAGAAAAAGCGGUUACAUGACGAUAAUUUCA